CCCCCGCGGCGGUUCGCGGCCGCGUCUCCAUGGCGACCGCGGGCGGAGGGCUGGAGGCGGGCCCGGCGGCGGGUGCGGGCCCUCGCGACUGCCGGAGGCCCGGGCGCUGCCACUCUAGGGGCCUCGGACCCGGAGAGCGCGGCACAGCGCAGGUUUAAAAAUCAAGAAAUACAAACCAGAUGCAGCAGUUUCUUGACAUGGAGAACCAAACCCAUAAUACAUUGGGAGCUUCUCCUUGUGAGGCAGAGCUUCAGGAAUUAAUGGAGCAAAUUGACAUCAUGGUAAACAACAAAAAAUUGGAUUGGGAAAGGAAGAUGCGGGCUCUGGAGACACGAUUAGAUCUUCGGGAUCAAGAGUUGGCAAAUGCACAGACGUGUCUGGAACAGAAAGGUCAAGAGGUGGGUUUACUUCGACAGAAGUUGGACAGUUUGGAAAAAUGUAACUUAGCAAUGACUCAGAAUUACGAAGGACAACUACAAACCCUGAAAGCUCAAUUUUCCAAACUAACUAGCAGCUUUGAAAAACUGAGAUUACACCAGAUGAAACAAAAUAAAUUUCGACGAAAAGAAGUACCACACCUCAAAGAAGAAAUGCCCUUUGAACUGAACAAUUUGAACCAGAAAUUAGAGAAACAGGCACAAAGUUACCACACUCAGCUAAAUGGUAAGAAACAGAGCAUAGAAGACAGCAGCCCUGAAAUUCCACGGCUGGUAUGUGAACCGGAUUCCGCUUGCGAAACCAGUGAAAGAGAUGAAUUCAUUAUUGAAAAAUUAAAAUCAGCUGUGAGUGAAAUAGCACUAAGCAGGAAUAAGUUACAAGAUGAAAAUCAGAAGCUCUUACAAGAACUGAAAAUGUACCAAAGACAAUGCCAGGCCAUGGAAGCAGGACUCUCAGAAGUGAAAAGUGAGUUACAGUCACGUGAUGAUCUCUUGAGAAUUAUAGAAAUGGAACGAUUGCAAUUGCACAGAGAACUGUUAAAACUAGGAGAGUCCCAAAGUACUCAAGAAAAUAAGAAAAGACUUGAAUCAUCUUAUUCACCAUCUAUUAAAGAAACAGAAAAAAAAAGGAAAGAGCUAUUUUCAGUGACCCCAGAUCUACCAGAUCAUGAAAAAGAGUUGAACAAGAUAAGAAGUCAUCUCUAUCAGGAGGAAGAGUACCAUAGCUCUGAGCAGGAAAGAAUGAGGAAUGAAAUCUCUGACCUAACACAGGAGCUUCAUCAGAAGGAGAUCACUAUAGCAACUGUCAUGAAGAAAGCUGCCCUUCUGGAAAGACAGUUAAAAAUGGAGCUAGAGAUAAAAGAGAAAAUGCUAUCGAAACAACAGAUGUUGGAUACGAGGUACAAAGCUGUCAGGACUGAAAACACACACCUGAAAGGCAUGAUGGGAGACUUGGACCCCGGGCGGUACAUGAGUGUAGACUUCACUAACAGGGAACAUUCAAGGCAUACAUCUAUUAACAAACUGGAAUACGAAAAUGAAAGACUCCGAAAUGAUCUUGCAAAACUUCAUGCCAGUGGAAAAUCAACAUGGGCUAAUCAAAAUACCUAUGAAGAAGCAGGAAGAUUUAACCACGAUCGUGAGCCAAACAGAAGCGCAACACCUCCAUUGCCAUCUUUGCCAUUUCAAACCAAAGAAAUAACCAGUCCUUUGGUUAGUGAUGAGGAAGUAUUCCCCAUGGGUGAGCUGCAGCCAUUCCCUGCCUCUCCAGGAGAUUCUCCAAGGCCAACAGUCUCCCCCAGAUAUAUCCUUCCCAGCUUCUUUGGCCACACAGCAUUUCCUUCUGGAGGAGGAGAAGCGAGCAAAAGAACUUGAAAAACUUCUAAAUACACAUAUUGAUGAACUGCAAAGACACACAGGAUUUACUCUUAAUAAAUACACCAAGCUAAAACAAAAUAGACACAUGUGAGCUUUUAAAUGUUUUUAUUUGCUUCCCCCACCCCAGGAAAACAAAGCUCUCGCAAAAUAUUUACAAAGCUGAUUAAUGAAACUGAGAAAUUUUGUUCUGUUUUCUUGAGUAAAUCAUUUCUGUAAGGCAGCUAGAAAAUAGUAAGUAUUUUGUUUGAUAAAGCUCUUUGUAUUUCUAUAUUAACAUAAUAAAUUGUUCAGCUACAGAGUUACUAUAAAAUAAACAUGACUACUUCAAAAGAGACUUGUUCCCUCCAGUUUAAGGAAUUGUUUGGAAUUAAAUAUGCAGCUUUUUCCCACUUUAAUAUGUACGGAAACCCAUUUCCUCUGUAACAACACAUGAUGAGGGAAGGGGCUGCACUAUAUUCUAAGAAUAAACACAUGAAGUGCAGCUCCAUUGUACUAGGUUUGAAAGUUCAAGGAUUUUUUUUUUAAUGAAAAAUAUUAAGUAUUUUAAACUAUGUAAAUAUCCUAAAAUUUCUUUUAGAAAAAAAAAACCAUAGAGCUUACUGUUUCUGCAUUCAUCUUUGUAAUGUCUUUCUGUUUUAAUGCAAAAAGAUGUGGAACAUACUGUGUGCAUGCUUAAAACAUGUGCCAAAGAUUAAUGCUUCAUGUACUAAUUACUUCAUGGAUAUAAAAUAGAAAGCAUCAUUGUUACUUUCUCCUUUGUAAUACCUCUGUUUUAAUAUAAUAAAGAAAUGAGACAUUCUUUGGACUUAAAAUGCAAAUGCCAAGUCUGUAUAGAAGAGUAAUAACAUGGUAGUGAACAAUAAAACUCAAGUUACAAAUAAA